GUGUGAACGUUGUUGUUGUGUAUAUAUUAAAAUAAACAAAAUGAAAUAAUAAAGUUUAAAUCGGCUUUAGUUAAUUAAUAUUAGUUUAUAACAAAUAUAUCCACAGAUAAUUUAAUAAGCAAAAGCAAACAUUUAUAGUUUAUUAUACAAUCAGCAAGUAAAAUAGCUUUUUUGGUAACUUAAAAAACAGCAACAGUUAAAGAAAAAGAAUAAUAACAAGUCAGUGAACGAGUCAAAAACUUGCUGGUUGGUUGUUGGCCGUCUGUCUGUCUUUUUAUCUGGUCUUCGUUGUCGUAGCUGAUUAGAUUUUCUUCUUCGAGAGCAAGUUUGUGGCUUUUAAUGUUGAAUUGUUGUUUUUGUUUAUUUUUAGUGACGUUUUAAUUUUUUCAUUGAUAAUGAAGAUGGCUAAAAUGAAAAAGAAGUUUACAGAAUCAUAGCUCAGUUUAAGACGAGCUAUUAAAACGCCAGAGAGUGUUAAAAAAGACACGCGGACGAAAUACAAAAAAAAGUUAAAUUUUAUUUAGAAAUUAAAACUGGAUUUUUUAUUUGUAAUAAAAUAAAAACACUUUUUUGGAGUGAGAAAGUGUGAUUUGGGAGUGUGUGACUCCAUUUCUCGAACUUUGAAAAAUUGUGCCAUUAAUUAUCGUUUAUUAACAAACGACUUGUUAAGAAGUGGAAAAUAUAAAAGAAAAACGAAAGUGGUCUUUUUAACACUUUUUUUUUACAACCAAAUAAGAAGACAACAAAUUUACAUACAAUUCAACUUCAUCAUCCAUAACACUGCCAGAGGAGUAAAGUGUACAUAUAAAUGACUACUGAUUACGGAAUUAUUGUUUGCAAUUUAUGUGUAUGAAUGUUUUGUUGGCAAAGCUAAUGAUUUUAUUCAAACUAAAAGAAUAUUAAAUAACGAAGAAGUGAAUGAAGAUAAAUACUUUAAAAACUUCCAAAAAUGCUGCCUCGUUUUCGUUCCUUUUAUGGUAAAAUUAUUACCUUUACACUGGUGGCCUUAGUAUUCAUUGUUUACAUAAAAGUAUUACAAAUUGAUGAGGAUUCCCCACUAACCUCUUCAUUUGAGAAAGCUGCCUUAAAACAAAAUCCUUUUAGUCAUAUCGAUAAUGAGCACGAUGAAGCUGAUAGCCACGAGAAUGUUAAUGAAAAUGAAAUUCCACGACCAGUGGCUGCAUUGCAUAAACCACCAGCCAUUGAUUAUAGUUCGCCCUACGAGUUGAGUAUACAGCGCGAUUUGGCCAAACAGGAACCCGGUUUGGGUGAUAUGGGAGAUGCUGCUUAUUUGGAGGGUUCUGCCAAAAAACGCGGUGAGGAAAUCUACAAGAAAAUCGCUCUCAAUGAAGAGUUGAGUGAACAUUUAUCGUAUAAUCGUACUCUGGACGAUUUUCGCCAUCCUUUGUGUGCCAAGCAACAUUUUGAUGUAGACACUCUGCCGACAACAAGUGUCAUUAUUAUUUUCUUCAAUGAACCCUAUUCGGUGCUGUUGCGCACCGUUCAUAGUACAUUGAAUACAUGUGUGGGUCGUUUGUUGAAGCAAAUCAUUUUGGUAGAUGAUGGUAGCACCAACGAGGAGCUGGGAGAGAAAUUAGACUAUUAUAUACGUACACGUAUACCAUCGGGCAAGGUGUCAGUUGUACGUUUAAAGAAUCGGUUGGGCUUGAUACGAGCUCGUUUGGCAGGUGCACGUGUAGCUACCGGUGAUGUCUUAAUAUUUUUAGAUGCUCAUUGUGAGGCAAACAUUGGCUGGUGUGAACCGCUGCUGCAACGCAUUAAGGAAUCUCGUACUAGUGUUUUAGUACCUAUUAUUGAUGUAAUUGAUGCUCAGGAUUUUAAAUACAAUACAAAUGGCUAUAAAUCAUUUCAAGUGGGUGGUUUUCAAUGGUCUGGCCACUUUGAUUGGAUCACUGUCUCGAAUCGUGAGCGUAAAAGGCAACAACGUGAAUGUAAAGAAAAUGAUUUAGAUGUUUGUCCCACCUACAGUCCAACGAUGGCUGGUGGUCUAUUUGCCAUAGAUCGUAGUUAUUUCUGGGAAAUCGGUAGUUAUGAUGAACAGAUGGAUGGCUGGGGUGGUGAAAAUUUAGAAAUGUCCUUUAGAAUUUGGCAGUGUGGUGGUACCAUUGAAACUAUACCCUGUUCUAGAGUUGGUCAUAUAUUCAGAGAUUUCCAUCCUUAUAAGUUCCCUAACAAUCGUGAUACCCAUGGCAUUAAUACUGCUCGCAUGGCUUUAGUUUGGAUGGAUGAUUAUAUUAAUAUCUUCUUUUUAAAUCGUCCCGAUCUAAAAUUCCAUCCUGAUAUUGGUGAUGUUACCCACCGAGUUAUGUUACGCAAGAAACUGCGCUGUAAAAGCUUUGAUUGGUAUUUGGAAAAUAUCUAUCCGGAGAAAUUUGUACCCACCAAAGAUGUUAAAGCUUAUGGAAAAGUACGUUCACUUAAUUCCAAUUUAUGCCUGGACGAUUUACAACAGAACAAUGAGAAACCUUAUAAUUUGGGAGUUUAUUCGUGCAGUAAGGAAAUUGCCAAAACACAAUUCUUCUCCUUUACAAACAACAACGUACUACGCAACGAAUUAAGCUGUGCCAAUGUACAGCACAGUGAUUCACCGCCAUAUCUAAUUGUAAUGACGACUUGUUUUGAAAAUGAUGAUCUAAAUGAAAAAUGGCAAUACUCAAAUAAUCGCUUAAGACAUUUAAAUACCGGCAUGUGUCUCGAUCAUCGGGGAUUGCAUCAAGGUGAUUAUGUACAAGUUGCUAUCUGUGAUCCUUAUAGUAAAACGCAAAGUUGGAUAAUUGAUCAUCGUGAUGAGAAUAUAUUGCCGCAAUUAUAAAACUGAUUUUACUCUGCAGGAACAAAAGAACUUUUGUCAAUUCUAUGAAAACGAAAAAAAAACAAAACAAAACUAAUAUAUUGUAUAUAAUGAAAUAUUUUUUAUCCUUAGCUUACAUUAUUCCUAACCCCCGUAUUGUUUGUAUAAGAAGGUAAAUUGUUUUAGUCAUUAUACGUAUAAAAAUGUAAAUUUUAAUUAAUUAAUUUUACAACAUCACUAAGCUAAUUAUUACCGUAUUAAACUGAAAACAAAUUAAAUACUUAAUUACUCCUUCCAAAAGAGAGUAUAGACAAAUUAUAUAUUUGAACUGAACAUUUUAUUUUUCUCUUAAACAAAUUAGAAAUACAAUUUUGAGAUUAAUUACAUUUUGUAACUAUUUAUAUUAUCAACUUAAUGAAAAUAUGUAGAUUGGCUUCUAAUACAAAAACUCUACUAUUAUAAAGCAAACAAUUUUGUGUAACGAAGGACUCAAAAAUAAGUUUAAACUUAAGAAAUAAAUUUCAUUUACACUGAAAACGGUUGAUAUUAUAUUUUAUCUAACAUUUGUACUCGAAAAUAUCAAAAGAAUUCCUACUUUACAAAAUAAAUAAAAUAUUUUGUAAAUAUAAAAAAAUAACUAUUGCAAUAUUUAAUUCUUGAUAUCAAAAACGCUUUAAAAGCAUUCCAUAAACACACACUACUAAAAAUGAUAAGUUAAAAAAA